ACAGCGCGCCAGUCUCGCAGAAGGCGCGAAACGAAGCGCGCGCGCGUUCAAAUAUCGAACGCUGAAAACGAAUAUAAAUACGAAAACGAACUCCUAAUUUUGAAAUUAAACUUCGAACUCUAACCCGCAGGAAAUUAAAAGUGUAAAUCACUAGUGUUGCUAAAUUUAACUUUAUCGAUUCAAAUGCAAGAUAUAGCAUAGAGUUGACAUUUACAUGUUUUGUUGAUAAUUAAAUACGAAAGGUGACGUCGAGGGUUUGUAUACAGUGAGAUAUGAUAGUUGGAGAACUAUAGUUUUUGUUGAAAGUGCGUGAAAAUUUGUUAAGUGUUGCCAUGGGUCCCGAACGGUUUUUGUUGGUGUGUGCAACACUAGCGGCACUCUGUUUGGCAAUUUUGGCGCAGAGUGGACUGAAGCAAGGCAGAGUUCCGAAGACGAGGUUUACGUGCACAGGACGAGCAGCAGGAUACUAUGCUGAUGUGGAGACGGGGUGUCAGGUGUACCACAUGUGUGACGGGCUGGGCCGCCAGUUCAGCUACACGUGCCCCAACACCACGCUGUUCCAGCAGCGCAUGCUCAUCUGUGACCACUGGUACAUGGUCAACUGCAGCAUGUCCGAGCGCGACUACAGCGCCAACCUCCUCAUAGGUCAACGCGACAAGCCGUUCGUGUCUGAUGAGGAGAUGCGCCUGCGCACCCCGCGCCCUGACAUCCUUUCCGUGCCCGCCAACAGCAACUACUUCACCGGGUUGAAGGAGGCCGAAUCUAAGUACGAGUCUCACCCAGGGAACAGCAUCGUGGGUAUCGGCGACAGUCUCUCCAGCGCCAACAACAACGGCCUGGACCGGGACAAGCCCAGCUACCGCCCACCCACCUCCUGGUCCACGCACAGACCUAGGACACCCCCCAAACAGGACCUCAAUGAAGAAGACAUCAUCACGGGCGCCGCUUCGCAAAGACCAAGCCCGACCGUACAAUCUACACCUCCAGACCGGGAUUUCACUCAUAAUACCGGCUCUCAAAAUACCGGGUUCCCAAACGUCACACCGACUCCUCCGCCUCAGCAUUUAGUUCCACCCUUCGCGCCAACAACUGAAGCUUCAGAAGAGAUGGACAUCGAUGUCCGGAUGAAGGAUGAUGACGACCGCGUCGUUAAAUUCAUCAGACGUUUCGACCCCAACUCUCCGGAUUCUAUCAAAACUGCCAUGACCCGAUCUGAGAUCUUAAAUGUCAAUGCGCAGUUGCCAGCUGGACAGUCUAGCGCUGAAGACGAUAGAACGCCUAGGAGGAAUAAGAAUGUUGGCAAUGAUUUUAAUAGAGUGGAAAAUGAUAAGAAAGGGUUCGUUGAAGCGUCAAGAUUCGACACUAUUAACACUAAGCCUGAACCAACAGAGGCGACGUUAAGUUCCGAUUCGAAGUUCAGUCACAUUCCUACCCCGGCGGCAGAUUUGGUUCCUCCUAAGACCGAUUCUGAGACUUCAUCCGUGGGUACAACUACCACUGUUGGCCCACCAAUUUACUACGAGUGGAAAUGGGCUGCUCCAGCGUUUGAUUUAGAACCUCCAAAAGAAAGCAAUGAGACUAACGUAGUUCAAGGGAAAAGGAAUAUCUCUGGAGACGGCAGGAGUCCCUUCAGAUCUGUGACGAGACCUCCACCGCCUGAUUUGGAACCUGUAGCCCCUACCAAGAAUUCUGAGUACAAUAUUAGUUCCUACUUCGUUCCUGACUAUGUCUUUCCUUUAGACAAAGAGCAUCCAGGAUAUGAGGAUGAACAUGCUCAUACUUCAUUCCAAGUGGAGGUGGCCCGGCCUGGGCGAACCAGCUACGGAGAAAACCCUGCCUGCCCCCACUGUCAUCCCGCGUACUUAGAACCGGGUUCUUGUGAACCCUGUAUCGUCAAACGGUAACGAUAGCAACAAUCACAAAAUCCCAGUGAUUGUAUUUUAUAUCUUAACUCAAAAGCCAUAUAGAUACAAAUACCAGUUUAAACUCUAACUAAAAUCCAAGUUCUCGAAUUUAUUUUCUACGAUUAUGACUCUUAAUAGAUUUUCUCUAAUAAUUUACCUACCUAUAGUUAUCAGCACCCGUUGCAUGAGUAACACUAUCGCGCGUUACGCGACAAAUUAUGCGGGCUAAUAGCGCCGCGAAUGAUGUAUACUUACGUUAAUAAACGUCUAGGCGAUGUAUGUCGCGUCUCGCGCGAUGCGUGACCCAUGCCGGGUGACUUGCCAACGUUGUUAUGAUAAUAUAAAUGAACUGCUAUAGUCCAAAUAAGCCAAUGUUAUUGUAAGUAAAUAGAUAAGCAAUAGUUAUCGCCUUUAAUAGUGUAUAAACUUUGUAAUAAUAAAUGAUCUUAAAUGAUGUACAAGAUUCUACUAGCUACUAGUGUAACUAGCCUCAAGUUGAGAUGAAAUUAUUUAUAAUUUUGUAUACGUUUUAUACUGAUGUGCCUGUAAUUAAGGAAAUAAAAUAUUAAAAAUUAAAUUAAA